AUGGCUGCUACCACAUUCAACAGCUCGAGCGCUGAGCUCCAUCUGUCACAGUCAUGGCCGUCUGGCUCAUUAUCCCUCCGCGACACGGUGCUGGAUCAUCUCACUGGCCGACCAACAUGGCAGUAUGUCGUGUCUUUUGUGCUCGGAGUUAUUGUCUAUGACCAAGUAAUGUACAUCUGGCGCAAAGGCUCCAUCGCCGGACCCCCUUUCAAAAUCCCCCUAAUGGGCCCCUUUCUCCAAGCGCUGCACCCGAAAUUCGAAGGAUACCUCGCGCAAUGGGCAAGCGGGCCAUUGAGCUGUGUCUCCGUCUUCCACAAGUUCGUCGUCCUCGCCUCAGACCGCGACCUCGCCCACAAAGUCUUCAAAUCCCCCACCUACGCCGAGCCCUGCAUCGUCCCCAUUGCAAAGGACCUAAUGGGCCACAAAGCCUGGGUUUUCCUACAGGGAAAAGCACAUGCAGAGUACAGACGAGGUCUCGCCCCACUAUUUACAAACAACGCAAUGGCGACGUAUCUCCCCUCGCAAGACCGCGUGUGCGGCGACUACUUUGAUAAAUUCGUCGCGGCCAGUGAGGCCAACGGGAAUAAACCGCGCGAAUUCAUGACGCUCUUCCGCGAGAUCAAUUGCGCGUUAUCCUGUCGGACAUUCUUUGGUGAGUAUAUCUCACAGGAUGCGGUGAAGAGGAUUGCGGAUGAUUAUUAUCUUACCACGGCCGCGAUGGAGCUGGUGAACGUGCCCUUUUCCAUCCAUAUCCCUGGAACCAAGCAGUGGCGCGGGAAGCGGAUUACCAAUGCCGUGCACAAGGAGUUUGCGAAAUGCGCCGCAAAGUGUAAAGAGAACAUGGCCAAGCCCGGGGCUACGCCCAGCUGCAUCGUCGACCACUGGGUCCUGCACAUGUUCGAGUCCAACGCGUACCGUGAGCGAAUUGCAGCAGGCGAGUUGGACGCGCCGAAACCGGCGAAUCUCAUCCGCGAGUUUACAAACGAGGAGAUUUCCGAGACGCUGUUUACCUUUCUCUUCGCGUCGCAGGAUGCGUCGAGUAGUGCGACGACGUGGCUGUUUCAGAUCCUUGCGCAGAGACCGGAUGUGCUGAAUAGGUUGAGGGAGGAGAAUCUCGCUGCGCGCGGCGGCGAUCGGUCGAGGUCGUUUGACCUCCCCAUGCUCGAGAAUUUACCGUAUACAAACGCCGUGAUCAAGGAACUCCUCCGCCACAGACCACCCGUCAUCUUCGUGCCCUACCUCGCGACAAAGGAUUUCCCGAUUACACCCUCGUACACAGUCCCCAAGGGCUCGAUGGUGAUCCCCUCCUGCUGGCCAGCCCUGCACGACCCGAACGUAUACCCGAACCCGGACGUUUUCGACCCCGACCGAUGGCUUACCGGGGACGCCGAGAGCAAGACGAAGAACUGGCUUGUUUUCGGGGCCGGUGCACAUGAUUGUUUGGCGAGACGGUAUGUCCCGUUGUCGAUGGCGGGGAUGAUUGGGAAGGCGGCGCUGGAUUUGGAGUGGGAGCAUCAUGCGACGGACAAGUCCGAGGAGAUUUGGGUUUUUGCGACGUUGUUUCCGAUGGAUGGAUGUCGAUUGGUUUUUAGGAGGAGGGACUGA